AUGGCGUCGCUGUUCGGCAACGGCGGCUACAGCUACUCCUCGGGGUCGGAGGGGGAGGACGAGGACGAGGGCACGGAGGGGUACCGGAAGGGCGGGUACCACGCCGCCCGCCCCGGGGAUCGCUUCGCCGGUGGGAGGUUCGUCGCGCAGCGGAAGAUCUGCUGGGGCAACUUCUCCACUGUCUGGCUAGCCUACGACACCCUCCACAGCAGAUUUGUCGCUCUGAAGAUCCAGAAGAGCGCGAGGGAUUACGCGCACGUGGCUCUCCACGAAAUUGAGCUGCUGUCGGCUGUAGCCAAAGGAGACCCGACGAAUUCCAAGGGCGUGCUGCGGUUGUUGGACCAUUUCAAGCACGCUGGCCCCAAUGGGAAGCACGUUUGCCUGGUCACCGAAUUCCUCGGUGACAGCCUGCUCCGGUUGAUACGGUACAAUCGGAAUAAGGGCAUUGGGCUGAGCAGAGUGAAGGAAAUCUGCCGAUCAGUCCUGGUCGGCCUUGACUACCUGCACAGCGAGCUCGGCAUCAUCCACAUGGAUUUGAAACCAGAGAAUGUUCUUCUGGACUCAACAAUUAACCCGGCCAAGGACCCAGUGCACUCUGGGUUCACACCGAUCCUUGAUCGACCUGUGGGGAACCAGUAUGGUGGUACAGUGAUCAGUUUCAGUGAGAAGAUGCUUAAGAUGAGAGCAAGACGUGCAGUGGCUAAGAUUUCGCAGAGACGGGUGUCCCUUGGUGGGGUUGGGGCAGAAUUAGAGAAAGAGAGGUGCCUGGAUGGGAUCAGCUUGAAGUGUAAGAUUGUCGACUUCGGGAAUGCCUGCUGGACCGAUCAGCAGCUUGUUGGUGAAAUACAGACAAGGCAGUACAGAGCUCCCGAGGUUAUCAUUGGUCCUGGGUACUCGUAUUCCGCUGACAUGUGGUCGUUUGCUUGCAUAGCCUUUGAGCUUGCCACCGGUGACUUCUUGUUUGCUCCCAAGAAUUGCCAGGGAUGCAGCGAAGAUGAGGACCACUUGGCUCUGAUGAUGGAAACUCUUGGGAAGAUGCCUCGGAAGAUUGCUACCUCAGGAACUCGUUCCAAGGAUUACUUUGAUCGGCAUGGAGAUUUAAAGAGGAUCAGGAGACUGAAGUUCUGGCCCCUGGACCGUGUACUUGUAGAAAGGUAUAAUUUCACCGAACCCGACGCCAUAGGGUUCACUGACUUUCUUCGGCCGAUGCUAGAUUUCACUCCGGAGAACAGGCCAUCUGCUGCGCAGUGCUUGAAACACCCUUGGCUUAAUUGA